AAAAAGUCUUUUCACGCAGGCGAUCAGCAGAGCGUGAGGGUUUUGAUAUAGGUUUUCCAAUACAGGGUCACAUUUAUGUGGGGCGCAUCACCGGGCUCCCAUAACAACACUAUGUAAACAACUGUUGGGAUACGAAAACAGCAACUUGAAUAAGCAGAUACAACACACGAGAGUAAAAAUGCCGGAAGAAAGUGAAACAGAUAGUCUCGAUGAUUUUCUUGAAUUUAUUCGAUGUCUCUUUUAUGGUCCAAAAGAAAAAAGCAAGAAGGUUGAAAAAAGGAAAGAGAAGUUGCCGAAAUUAAACCCGAAAAAUAAAGAUGACAAACCCAGAGCCAACGAUGAUGACCUUUUAGGUGUUCUUAAAGUUCAAGAGAAACCCCCUGGCAUUGAUCUGAAAAUCCAAGAAAACACGGAACUUCACCACACGGACAAAUACUAUUGCACGAAAGAUGAAGACGAAGUCGGCAACGCACUUGAACCGGAAUUAGUUGUGAGGCGAGGUCAGACAUUCAAGAUUGCUGUAACAUUCGACAGGCCGUAUAAUGUGGAAAAAGAUGACCUGAUUUUCGAGUUUAAAACAGGAACAUUGGGUGACGCAAGGAAAGAGACACAUGGGCGCUUUAAACUUCAGGAAACCGGUAAACCAAAAUACCGUCACGACAAAUGGGGUGGUUAUUUGGUCAAGCAAGAUGGAAACACUAUAAUUACUGAGGUUUAUAUACCGGCCACAUGCGCUAUCGGGGAAUGGUCCUUUUGUGUGACUACAAAAACGAAAGGACAAAAGAAAAGUAUUGCAUAUGAGCAUCCUGAAGAUUUUUAUAUUCUGUUCAAUCCAUGGUGCAAAGAUGAUGCGACUUAUAUUGGAGACGUAGAGGGAGGUACAGAGGAAUAUGUUCUGAACGAUACCGGUUUGGUGUAUAGAGGGAGCGCCUGGUUUCCUCGACCAAAAGAAUGGAAUUUUGGACAGUUUGAGGAGGGUAUACUCGAAGCUGCUCUGUUAGUUAUAAUGAAAUGUUUCAACGCAAAAACGCAAUUCAGACUGAGCGAUCCCGUAACGGUUGCCAGAGUUAUUGCUCAAGUCGUAAAUUGCUGCGACGAAGACAACGGUAUACUGUGGGGAAACUGGAGCGGGAAUUAUGAGGACGGAACUAGUCCACUAGACUGGUACGGCAGUCCGAGGAUUAUCCGGAAGUACAUGGAGACAGGAAAGCCAGUCAAAUAUGGACAGUGUUGGGUUUUCUCCGGUGUAACCACCACAAUUUGUCGUGCCAUCGGCCUACCUGCCCGUAGUGUAACCAACUUUGGAUCUGCACAUGACACGGACUGGAGCUGUACUAUUGACAAAUACUUCGUUAGAGAUGAGGCUGGAAUUUUGAUACCUGACAAGGAUAGUAACAAUGACUCUAUAUGGAAUUAUCAUGUGUGGAAUGAUGUAUAUAUGACAAGACCUGACAUCAAAGCAAUUAAAGGUGAUACCUGCGAUUAUGACGGCUGGCAGGCAAUUGAUGCGACUCCACAAGAGAGGAGCAAGGGUGUGUUCACGUGCGGACCCUGUCCCCUAAACGCCAUCAAGAACGGCGAAGUAACGAUAGAUUACGACUGUGAUUUCAUUUUCUCCGAGGUGAACGCCGACGAGAUCCACUGGGAAGUACUGCCCGAUGGCAGCUGUAUAAAAAUAGACAUGAAAGCAGAGAAGGUUGGAAAGAGUAUAAGUACAAAAGCAGUUGGAGACAGUGGUAUCUUUGGCAGCCCAAGGGAAGAUGUAACUGGAAUCUACAAAUUUGCUGAAGGUACGGAAGACAGCAGGAAAGCAGUUCUGCGUGCAGCAUGCGGUGCUAAGAGACCUAAGGAUGCAUAUGGUGGUGGAGGAGAAAAAGAUGAUGUUGAAUUUAAACUUAUGCAUGAAGCCAAUGUUAACCUCGGGGAAGAUAUGGAUAUCAAGCUUACCGCGGUCAACAAAAGUGAAUAUAAGAGGGAACUUUCUGGUGUUGUUUUUAGAGUGUUUCCUAAAAAUUACAAUGGGCACUGUUCCAUGCAAGCCAUCAAGAUCCACGAAAUCAAGGAAGACACAGAACUGGUUCCGAAUAAAGAGUACGAGUUCAAAUGUACACUAAAGAGCACAGAAUACCUUCCAAAAAUAGACAGUGGGCGUAAUAUGAACAUACAGGCCUUCGCUUUAGUGAAGAAAACGAGGUCCAGAAACAUGCAGAACUGCGUGAAAGAGCACGAUAUUGAGUUGGGUGCACCUACACUCAAUAUAGAGAUGCCAGCUACUGCAAAGAGAGGGGAAGAAUUUGUGGCCACUGUCACUUUCACUAACCCACUUCUAGAUGAGCUCACCUGUUGUACAGCCGGCUACGAGGGUAACGGGUUCAAGGCCGUUACUGGACAACCGCAGUCAAAUGUUCCAGCCGCAGGGAAGUUUGAGAAGAAGUUCACCUUGAAGACAAAACAAAAGGGUGACUUUACGCUGACCUUCAAAUUCAACUCGAAAGAACUUCACUUCCUUUCUGGGUCUGGGAAAGUAAAGGUUGAAGCUUAAUGAAAUUGAAAAAUCACUACGGACCAUUAGUACAAACAUUAACAAAACUUGCUCGUGCCCCACUUUUUCACUUAUCAUCUGCUGUUGCUAUUUAAAAGGACGUUCAUAUUUAAGGGCGUGUAAGUUUUAUUCAUAUACCUUCUGCUUUGCAACGUCUAGAUUAUAGUUGUAAUACUAAUCACUUUUAAUUACCUUUGAUAUGUCACGAGCAUUUUCUCUAUAGUGUGCUCAGUGUUACUUACUUUUAUAAAAAUGUACAUUGUGUUUGUAUAUCCAUACGCAUUCAAAUAGUUCUGGUGUCUGUUACAUUAUCAUUGGGGAACGUUUUCAUAUUAUAGUUAUUUUGUUAGAACAAAGUCUGUAGUGUACUAUUCUAAAGUGCUUGUACUUAAUUAAUUUGUUUUAAAGUGGUCACGGUAAGCAGAAUUUAGUUGGAUACAGAGACAGCCAGACAGAAAUCAUCACUUCUGUUAAAAUCAGAGGGGGUUGAUGAACUGGACGAUAGUUUCGCCGAUAUGUUACAUAAAUUAUGCUAGUAACAGGACUGAGAGAUACUAAUGACUGAGGUGUACAAAACGAAAGAACACAAAAAUUUCUAACUUUGCAUGUGCUGUCAUGUAUCAUCGUUUUAAAAUGAGAGAAAAGAUGUUCUAAACGUUUAGAAAUGUAUAUUUGCUGUUUAUCUUUACUUUAUGCUUUUCGCCUUUUUUCUGUGAUAAUAAAAAAAGUCUACAAUA